AUCAAAUUCAAAUAAUUUUGGCGGGCUGAACGAGCACUUGCGUUAACUUCAAAUUCUUAUCUCAUUUGCAAAAGAAACUCUAAAAGAUGCCGCGAGGACCCCCAUGCAAGAAAUCAAAGAUGCAAAAAAGCAUCAAGGAUUUCUUUUCUCCUGGAAAACUGACUGACAGCAAGAAUGAAGAGAGAAGGGUUUUACAAAAUGUAGGCAAUGUUAAGGAACGAUUUAAUCCUAAAAACAACAAAAAGGGACUCACAAAUGAUCUCCGGCAGAACGCAGAAGGCCAAAGCCACACUUUUCAGUUUCGUUUCAAGAAUAAACACUAUGCUGUGGCUUGUGAUACAUCACAGACUGUGCUUGGUGCUCUUACUACAAACAAGAUGUUUAGGAAGUUUAAAGAAGAGAACAUAAAGAAAGAAACAGUCCUCCGAAGAUCCAAAGGAGAAGUCCCAGGAGCCGCUGUGAAGACCGAUUUCCCGUGCUGUCUUAUUGAUAAAGAUGAGAUUAUAGAUGUAACCUUCAUCAAAAAAGAUGAUAGCACUUGUGCACAGCAAAAAACAACUAAGCCUAUUUCGUUUCCCAGUGCAUCAAAAAAUUUGGUCACCUUUUACAUAAAAACUAAAGGUAAGGGAAAGAUAAAAAUUUUUAUGAAAAACAAACAACUUUGGAAAAACGAUGUUGAGUAUGUUUGUGUGUAUGCAUUCAAAAAAGAUAAACUGAAAACUGCUCUCAAGCGUGAUGGACGAUUCAGUGAUGUCAUUUUUAAAAAACGCUGCACGCUUUCUGAGUUCGGUAUCGAGACGGUUUAUUUAAUGUCACACCCUGUGAGAGAUCUUGAUCAGAAAAAAUUCCUGGUUAACAUAAACAGUGCCAACAACGACCCUGACAGCCAAGAGGAUUUGAAUGAACCAUCAGCUGCUAAUGCCAAAGAAAAUGUUGAUCCUAAACCGCUUCCCACCCCAAGGAAACUCACAACUCAUUCAAUUAUUCGGCCUACCCUUGAAAACAUUCCAGACUCCAAAGAGACUUGGAAAAUUCUGUGUGAUCAGACUAAAGACAUACGCCAGAAGAUAAAGCAACAAAAGAACUUUAGAGAUAACGCGCAGGUCAAAAAGUUCAUCAAAACAGAAUACGACAAAAGUAUUCAGAGUUUCUCAGAAGUGAAGACCGUGAAGAAGCUCAUGAGUCUCUCCAACUCCGUGUGUCAGAUUCGAAUCGAUGGGUCUGCCAAAGGAACUGGAUUCUUGCUUUUCGACAGAUUUAUCCUCACUAAUGCUCAUGUAAUCGACAUAUUUCACCCUUUCACAAGAAAGCUUUCCAAGACCUACACAGCAGUGUUUGGAUUUGAAGAUCUGGAUUCAGAGACCAAGCGUGUAGCUAUUAAAGAACACGCCGCAGCUUACUUUCACGGGAAGGAUGACAUGAACAGGCAUCUAGACUUUGCUCUUCUGGAAUUGGAUGUUGCUGACAAAUGCCUUGACGUUCCCGAAUUAUUCAGUUUUUACAGCUCCAGCUCCCCUUCUAACAGAAGUGGGAUCUGCAUUGUUGGGCAUCCUGAUGGUGGGGUGAAGAAAAUGGACCUGUGCUUCAUCAUUGGAAAAGAAAACCAACUCAUGGCUGCGCAAGAACACAUAUCUGAGAAUUACAAUUUCUAUCAUGCCAUUACACAGCAAAGUCUGGCAGGGAAAUGGGAAAUGCACGAGAACCAGAUAUCUUAUGACUCUUGUUUCUUUCAUGGAUCUUCGGGUUCACCGGUGUUUGAUGAAGAUUGCCGUCUGAUUGGUAUUCACACCGGUGGUUAUGUGUACCCUGGAGAAGGAGGGAAAACCAGGAGUAUUAUGGAGUAUGGUUAUUCCAUGCAGCCCAUCCUAGAAUGUAUCAUCAAACAGGUUAGGCGUAAUGGAAGAUCUGACGUCUUAAAAUUAAUGUCUGAAUUUAAGUCUUAUCUUAUGGAGGACAAUGAUGUGGAGAUGACCGAAGAACCACAAAAUCAGGAUGAAUAGCAUGAACGGAGACACACUGGAGUCCUCUUGAGACUUUACAGAAUAUUUUUAAACUGAGAUUUGUCACAUUUGUAUUCCUUUACGGGGCAGUUUUCCUUUUGUAAUGUGUAUCAAGUAAAGAGAAUCCAACUUUAAUACUGUUGCUGGAUUUUGAUUAUGUAAUGUUGGAGAUGUUCAAUAUAUUUGCUUCCUGCUUUUUCAGAUGUACAUCUGUACCCAUGUACUUUGUACAAAAAAUUAUUCUCUA